AGUUAGGGCUUUCGCUUAGUUCAAAGCGAAUGCAGCGGGGGACGCGCGGUGUGGCGGCAGUACAAUGCAGUACAACAGCGCGUCUCGAAUCCGUGCAGCGCGUCAUAAAUCUGAUGAGCAAGAGGGUACCCUAAUCGUAUCUCCCUCGGCGAUUACCAAAUUGCUAGUCCCCACUUUAUGCCCUUCUCUACUUAGCUGCCUGGGCUGAGAGGGAGGCCUGGCGUUGGGCUCGAACAAAAUUUCUUCUCUUUUUCGCUAAUGAUGGUUACGAAUUUUGGGCUCAGUUUCUUAGGCAGUAGAGCGGCAGCGCAGCGGCACAGCACAGAGCGCCAGCAGCGAGAGGCGUUAUCUGGAGCAGCGCAAGUGUUCCUCUUUCCCCUCACGCUUUCUUCUUUUCGAUUCGCUUCUCGCUUGGCUCGCAAGUCUUUUCUCCAGAUCGUCGAUCGUCUUUUCCUCCUCUUGAGUAGAGCCGAGCAUUGAGAAUGUGAGACGCGAGCGAGAGAUUUAGAGGAUUUGCGAGUGUGUGUGUGUGUGUGGGUGUGAGUGUGACGAGGGAGAGAAAGGAUGAUGGCCGCUGCGCAGCGGCUCCAGCUGAUGGAAGGAGGAGGCGGAGGAGGCGGAGGAGGCGGCACCGGCGGAGGAGGAACGCAGGUAUCGCAUACGAUCUCUCAUCACCACAUUCUUCUCGACGGUGGAAGCGGGUACCACGUCGCGCUUGAUCAUGCCGGGCUCGUCGUGUCAGGGGCCACUAGCUUCCGAUUCGAUCCCCAGCAAAUCAUCGGGAGCUCCACCACCAGCAAUGACGACGAGCAUCACCACCACCACCACCACCACCAGCACGAGCUCCUGAUCCAAUCCAGCUCGAAUGCCAAGAACAAGAUCACCGCUGGUGGCGGCGAUGGCGAUAGUGGUGGUGGUACUGUCUUCGCCCAUCAUCACUACCACCAUCACCAAGCUCUCCUGGAGGAGCGGCUAUGGAGCCAGCUCCCGGAGAAGCUCGUGGACAGGGUCCUGGCGAUGCUCCCACUGCCCAGCUUCUUCCGGCUCCGCGUGGUUUGCAAGCGCUGGUACUCGCUCCUCUUUUCCGACAGCUUUCUUGAAUUGAGCUCGCGCGUUGCCCCCUCGAGGCACUGCUUCCUCCUCUUCAGGCCCGGGGUGUGGUCGCAGGGCUUCCUCUUCGAUCCCGGAGAGCGAUCCUGGCAUUUGCUGCCGCUGGGCUUCCUCCCAUCGCAGAUCGCCGUGGUCUCGUCCUCGCAGGGCCUCCUCUGUUGUAUGUCCGAGAUGGCCGGCUACAAGACGGUCGUGAUGUGCAAUCCUCUCACGCGCGCUUGCAUCCAGCUCCCGCUCACGCUCAAGGAGCGAUUCGUCCCCACCGUGGGCCUCGUCGUGGAUCGCCACACUCGCGGCUACAAGCUCCUCGUCGCCGGCGACGAUCUCAUCUCGCCAUUCGCGGUGAAGAACCUGAGCAGCGAGGUGUUCGACUCGAGCAUCCAGUGCUGGAGGAUGGCGGGAGCGCUCCCCCGGCUGUGCAACCUCGAGUCCGCCAAGACCACCUUCGCGAACGGCUGCUUCUACUGCAUGAACUACAGCCCGUUUGGAGUGCUGGCCUACGACGUGGAGUCCGGGACGUGGAACAAGAUCCAGGCGCCAAUGCGGCGCUUCCUGCGCACGCCCAAUCUCGUCGAGUGCCGCGGGCGAUUGGUGAUGGUGGCGGCGGUGGAGAAGAACAGGCUCAACGUCCCCAAGAGCAUCCGGAUCUGGGGGCUGCAGCACCCCAAGAGCGUGUGGAUCGAGCUGGAGAGGAUGCCGCAGGCGCUGUACGAGGAGUUCAUGCGGAUCUCCUGCGAGCGGGCCUUCUACUGCAUCGGCCAUGGCAACUACAUCCUCCUCACCAUCCAGGAGUGCUCCGAGGUGCUCAUGUAUGACUUCUACGAGAAGCUCUGGCGAUGGCUGCCGCGCUGCCCGUUCCUGGGCGAGAUCGAGCACCCGGCGCAGGGAUUCAUGCAGGGAUUCGCCUUCAGCCCCCGCCUGGAUGCCUUCGUCUACCCCAACAUGAUCUGCUGCUAAGCUCGCGCUCGAGCUCGAGCUCGAUCGAUCAAAGUUCUUCCUUUUGGAAGAAGUUUGGAAGCUCCAGCCGAGGGAAAGGACGAUGGAGAAUCUUGCGAAGGAGAAGAAGAUGGGGGGUUUUCAACGGUUUGGUCUGCGUAUCUAUCGUAUGGUCUAAGUCUUAAGUCUUGCUGCUCUACUGGUGAGGUCAGCCAAAGGAAGAGGAUCGGACUUUUUAUUCUGCCGCUGGGAAGUUCGAUUUGCACCAAGGUCCGUGUUGAGAGAGCGCUGGCCUCCCAGGUAAUAUAUGUGUGCUUGCUGCUGUUUGUUUCUUUCUUUUGCGUGUAUGAGGGUGUGUGUGUGUCUGAGAGAGAGAGAUCUUCCUAUUAUCUUUUGUGGUUCUUGCUAUUAUCUAUUGUGUUUGGAUCAUGUUUGAUCAAUCAAUCUAUUUACAUGUUGGUUUCUUAUUGCU